AUGACGAGGCAAUUGACAAAAUGGACUGUGGACAACAGAUUAAAGUUUCAGCUCAGUCUUCAAUUGCCUGUUGAUAACGCUGCUGGAUUAACAAAAUAUAUUGUAUUACUAUGUUUCACUAAGAUCUUGAAAGCUGUGGGACUUUUUGAAUCCUAUGAUCUCCUCAAAGUUGUUCACAUUGUUCAGUUCAUUUUUAUAUUAAAACUUGGGACUGCCUUUUUUAUGGUUUUGUUUCAAAAACCAUUUUCUUCUGGGAAAACCAUUACUAAAGACCAGUGGAUCAAAAUAUUUAAACAUGCUGUUGCUGGUUGUAUCAUUUCACUCUUGUGGUUUUUUGGCCUUACUCUUUGUGGACCACUAAGGACUUUGCUGCUAUUUGAGCACAGUGAUAUCGUUGUCAUCUCACUACUCAGUGUUUUGUUCACUAGUUCUGGAGGAGGACCAGCAAAGACAAGGGGGGCUGCUUUUUUCAUUAUUGCUGUGAUCUGUUUAUUACUUUUUGACAAUGAUGAUCUCAUGGCUAAAAUGGCUGAACAUCCUGAAGGACAUCAUGACAGUGCUCUGACUCACAUGCUGUACACAGCUAUUGCCUUCUUAGGUGUGGCAGAUCACAAGGGUGGAGUACUGUUGCUAGUACUGGCUUUAUGUUGUAAAGUUGGUUUUCAUACAGCUUCUAGAAAACUCUCCAUAGAUAUGGGUGGAGCCAAACGUCUUCAGGCCUUAUCCCAGCUUGUUUCUGUGCUUCUCUUGUGCCCGUGGGUCAUUGUUCUUUCUGUGACAACUGAGAGUAAAGUUGAGUCUUGGUUUUCUCUCAUUAUGCCUUUUAUAACGGUUAUCUUUUUUGUCAUGAUCCUGGACUUCUAUGUGGAUUCCAUCUGUUUGGUCAAAAUAGAAGUUUCCAAAUACGCCUGCUAUGGAUCCUUUCCCAUUUUUAUUAGUGCUCUCCUUUUUGGGAAUUUCUGGACACAUCCAAUAACAGAUCAGCUUCGGGCUAUAAACAAACCAGCACACGAGGAGAGCACUGAACACGUUCUGUCUGGAGGAGUGGUUGUGAGUGCUGUGUUCUUCAUUUUGUCUGCCAACAUCUUAUCAUCUCCCUCUAAGAGAGGACAGAAAGGUACCUUUAUUGGAUAUUCUCCUGAAGGAACACCUCUUUAUAACUUCAUGGGUGAUGCUUUUCAGCAUAGCUCUCAGUCCAUUCCGAGAUUUAUUAAGGAAUCACUAAAACAAAUUCUUGAGGAAAGUGACUCUAGACAGAUCUUUUACUUCUUGUGCUUGAAUCUGCUUUUUACCUUUGUGGAAUUAUUCUAUGGCGUGUUGACCAAUAGUCUAGGUCUGAUCUCAGAUGGAUUUCACAUGCUCUUCGACUGCUCUGCUUUGGUUAUGGGACUUUUUGCUGCUUUAAUGAGUCGAUGGAAAGCAACUCGGAUUUUCUCUUAUGGGUAUGGUCGAAUAGAAAUUCUCUCUGGAUUUAUUAAUGGACUUUUUCUAAUAGUAAUAGCUUUUUUUGUCUUUAUGGAAUCAGUGGCUAGAUUAAUUGAUCCUCCGGAAUUAGACACAAACAUGUUAACAUGCAUCUUAAUUUUUAAUGUUCUCAUUUUACUUAUAGGUGUAUUUCUACACGUAUUGGCCGACACACUUGGAAGUAUUGGUGUGAUAGUAUCCACAGUUCUGAUAGAGCAGUUUGGAUGGUUCAUUGCUGAUCCCCUCUGUUCUCUUUUUAUUGCUGUAUUAAUAUUCCUUAGUGUUAUCCCACUGAUUAAAGAUGCCUGCCAAGUUUUACUUCUGAGACUACCACAAGAACAUGAAAAAGAACUACAUACAGCUUUAGAAAAGGUUACAGGAAUACUUAAAGAUGCUGGAAUAAACAAUUUAACAAUUCAAGUGGAAAAAGAGGCAUACUUCCAACAUAUGUCUGGCCUAAGUACUGGAUUUCAUGACGUGCUGGCUAUGACAAAACAAAUGGAGUCCAUGAAAUACUGCAAAGAUGAUACUUACAUCAUGUGAGAUAACUCAGGAAUUGCUCCUAUGGUGUGAACAAUGAAAAUUCAGUGAUGUAGUGUUGGUAAUAUUGUCAAAAGAAUGAAAAUUGCAUAUAAUAGUACAAAAACUUAAAACUCCCUACUAUUGGAUCAAGGAGUCUCUAAAAAUUUAGACCCAGAAUGAAGCAUUUAUUGUACAAGAAAAAUCACUAUUUAAAUUAUGUGUAUGAAAGAAAAGUUUGACCCAUCAUCUUCCAAGAUGGACACAUAAUGAUGGAUUCUAGUGAAGACCAAAACUUCUUUUUGUGCAUUUACUUUGUAUUGGAAAGCAUCUCCACUAUAAAUAUGUAUUUACAUGUAUAUUACAAAGACUAAAUGAAAAGUUUUUAAGCCAUUUUUUUGCAUAACCCAAGGAUAAAAUAGGAAUAAAAUCUCUAUAUUUAUGGAUUUUUCUGUAUAUAAAACUGAUUUCUAAUUAUAACUUAAAUCCACUAAGUAAAGUCUGUAUUGCCACUUUAAAUGUAAACUAAGUUAUUUGGAGAAACUUAAAACCAUCCCUUUGAAAGAAACAAUAGAGAAUCAUAACAGUUUUUGAUGUAUUACAAGACCAACCACUCUGUUAAAUAAAUUUUUUUACUUUUGUUAACAUU